GUACAUCACCUGAUGCAUGUAGUCCAGUAAGUUCUCCAUGACAUCAAUCCUCUCCGUGUUGUCAAUAGAAGUAGAGUUCAGCAUUCCGGUCAGUUCUAGGAUCGUCUCACGGACUUAGCACUGAACAUGGAAAAAGAAGCCCAGCAGUGUGUUAUAAAAUGUGACCUGUGUAGCUCUAUGGAAAAUGUAGAGAGCUUUUGUAAGAACUGCAAAGAGACCUUAUGUGACCACUGCUGUGAGAUCCAUUCAAAGAGUGUAGCCUCAAGAGAUCACGAGAUCAUAUCACGUGUACAAGCUUCAGCUUAUGGCAUUGUGGACGACAUGAAAUGUCCUUCCCACAGUGGUAAGCACUGCGAAAUGUACUGCAUCACAUGUGAUUCGGUAGUCUGCACAAGAUGUGUUACCGAUAACCAUCGUGGACAUGAGUUUGAUGAACUCAAAGAACUUUUCAGAAGAAAACCAAAAGAAUUUGAAAACUUAGUCAAGAUUUUUAAUCAGAAAAUUACACCAAAAUAUCUUAAAGAAUGUGAACUUCUAGAAGGAAGGCUGGCACAAAUUGACAAAAAUCAAGCUUCCAUGGAAUCUGAGAUUCACUUUCAAGCUGAAGAGUUCAAGAUGAGCAUAGACACGUUAGAAGAAAAACUUAAAAGAAUGUUGCAGGGUGUGAUCAACAAUGAAAAAGCACCAGUGAAAAAGUUACUGAUGUCAAGAAAAGCACAAUAUGCUCAGCUGCAAAAGUCCAUAAAGAAACUGCAAUCAAUAUUUGAAAAUCAACACAUGACAAAUCUUCCUCUUCUCCUAACAAAGAUAAGGCAAACAUUAGAAGCAACAGUUCUGCAAGAGGAGGCAACCGUUUCUACUGAAAUGGCUUCAUUUGAAAAAGGUGAAAUUUCCAUGGAGAAACUAGAAACAUUAUUUGGACAAUUUAGUGUUAGUUCAACAGAGGAUUUGAGAAAGAGAACAUUACCACCCGUAAAGGUAGCAGUGUCCAUUGAAAAUGUGAUUGAAAUGUCCAACUUGAAAGUUCGGGUACCUAAUGUGUCUUCUGUUAUUAUAAUUAGUGACAAAGAGUUACUCGUCUACGGAAACAAGUUUGGCUACCAGAUUACAAAAGAAAAGGGACAAGUACAGACGGAAGUUUUCCAGAAAUAUGGACUCCAGCAUCCUGUAGCAGUGUUAUCCAAUGGACUUCUACUGGCCAGAGAUGAGCAAAGUCCAAAUAAAAUAUUGCAGAUCUUAUCAAACCAUGUCAAGAAGCCCUUCUUGGAAGUGGAGAUUGUGGAGGUGACAGGAAUUCAUGUGACACGAAGGAGCGAGAUUCUGAUCUCAGUAGCUCAAGUGGAAGACUCUUGUGGAGAAGUCUUAAAAUAUAACAGAGUCGGGGAGAUGGUGUUGCGAAUUUAUGAGAAAUGUUCUGGAGAGGCCUUGUUUGCUAAACCAACAUCCCUUACUGAAAACUUGAAUGGUGAUAUCUGGGUCAUAGAUGUAGAGACCAACUCUACUGAAACCUUGGAUAAGUACGGACUUUACAGAUUUUCCUAUAAAAAUAGCGACAUUCUAAAAAACUUUACACCUCAUACCCUGACCAAUGAUUCUAAUGGAAACAUUUUGAUAUCAGAUACCGGGAAUGGAAUCAUUCAUGUAGUGGACCGUGAUGGGCGGGCAUUAAGGUAUCUGGACACGGCCAGCCUGGGCAUCAGACCCAGUGGCAUAGCGGUGGAGGGCCCAGGACAGCUCUGGGUGGUAGACGGCCUUAAGAAAAAAUGUUACCUACUGAAUUACUUUUAACCUGUGUUUUAUCUCUUAAAAUAUACAAAUGCCCAAAAUAAAUUUUAAUUAUCCCUUUACAAGUACAAUUAUUUCCUUAUACAAAAUGACAGAGUACAAUAUUACUGUCUUUGUCCUGUAAAUACACUGUUUCCCAAUCUGAAGACAACUUCCAACAACAUUGGUGCUACUCAUGCAAGCAAUCAGGUUUCAAUGUAUGGUUAUGCAAUUUAUGCUAGUUAGCACUUAUUAUACAAGUUGUUUAAAAAUUGCAUUGAAGUAAUUUUAGUAAAAGGUGACAAAUAGGCUAUUAAAAUGCAACUAGUCCAUGUUGUCAUGAAAGAAUACACUAGUAUUUUUAUCACUUUAGAUCACUAUAUUUUCGCGACACCUUAUUUUCGUGAGACUGUCUUUGACUCCUUAGAAGCGAGACAAAAUUUUCACGAAUUUUGGCUAUUGCUCUUUUUAAUCUUUAAGAAUAAUAAUAAAUGCGAGAAUGAUAAUUUAGCGAGUACAUGCUUUUGUGUAAUUCCGUGAAAAUAAAGUUCUCCUGAAUAACAAGAGGCCCAGGGGCCACAUCGCUCACCUGAGCAAAUCGGCUAGG